AUGUCGAAUUCAAAAAUGUUCGCGCAGUUGCUUCCGAGUUUACGGCUCGUUCCAAAACGCAGUGCCAGCCCAAUCGCGCGGCAUGUACGAUGUUACGCCAAGCCGAGCGUCGCUCCUCUGCCUGCCUCUCCGGCCCGACUUGUGCAGAGCCCAAUGCGGCGGUCGCCAUGGUCGACAUCGCUCCAAACACGAACGUUUUCUGCUUCAGCCGCCGUGUCGCACGGCCACGUGGACCCUCCGACGCCCGGUGAGGAGCUCUACGUUACCUUUAUCGACAAGGAAGGCGCCGAACACAAACUCGCCGUGAGCAAGGGCGACAACUUGCUGGACAUAGCCCAAGCGCACGACCUGGAGAUGGAGGGCGCAUGCGGCGGCUCCUGCGCCUGCUCCACAUGCCACGUUAUCGUCCUGGAUCAAGAAUACUACGACAAGAUGCCCGAGCCGGACGACGAUGAGAACGACAUGCUCGACCUGGCGUUUGGCCUGCAGGAGACAAGCCGGUUGGGGUGCCAGAUUGUCAUGACGCCAGAGUUGGACGGCUUGCGGGUGAAGCUGCCGGCCAUGACGAGGAAUUUGCAGUCGAGCGACUUCAAAUGA